UGUUAACAGUAUAUCCUUUUUGUAAAUACAGAUGUGUGGCAAUGGAAUUCGAUGCCUUGCCAAAUUUAUAGCUGAGCUUGAGAACUCCCGUGGAAAGCGAAGUUUCACCAUACAUACAGGGGCUGGACUUAUUGUUCCUGAGAUUCAAGAAGAUGGAAAGGUUAGGGUUGACAUGGGUGAACCCAUUCUGAAGGCAUCAGAUGUGCCCACGAAACUACCGCCUAAUAGAGAUCAAUCUGUUGUUAAAGCAAGACUAGAUGUUGAUGGAAGUGCAUGGAACGUGACCUGUGUCAGCAUGGGAAAUCCUCAUUGUGUCACUUUUGGUACAGAACAAAGCCAGGAUUUGCAAGUAGAUGAAUUGAAUUUAGCAGACAUUGGUCCAAAGUUUGAACAUCAUGUGAUGUUCCCUGCCCGCACUAACACAGAAUUUGUACAAGUCUUCUCCCCAACACACCUUAAGAUGCGUGUCUGGGAGCGUGGUGCAGGUGCGACACUAGCCUGUGGGACAGGAGCUUGUGCCGUUGUUGUUGCAGCAGUGCUCGAGGAUCGUGCUGCAAGGCGGUGUACUGUUGAUUUGCCUGGCGGGCCUCUGGAUAUUGAGUGGAGUGAGAAAGACAACCAUAUCUACAUGACGGGGCCAGCAGAGGUAGUUUUCUAUGGGUCAGUUCCUCUUUAAGCCCUUGAAUUUUUGUUAGAAGAUGAAAGAAAUGCAGAAGAAUGGAUCUUGGAUAACCAGAUUACUUUAAUUGUUGCCUUAAAUUGAGCUUUUUCUUCUUUCCUAUCUCCUUUUGCGGCGAUUUCUCAAAGAUGUAAACUGUUACUCUUUGUGUUAGUUUCGUAUUGACUUCUCGAAGUUGUAUAAGUAUCAUUAGUGAAGGAGCAGGCUGCUCACACUAUCGCUCAUAGAAUUAAUGGGUUGUGUUGAGCUUAGAGAAAUUACAUUAGGCAUAGACCUGUACAUACCAUGUACAAGAUCUACCCGAGCCAUUGACAUACCUAGUUUACGCCAUCAAGUGCUAACGUGUAAAGUAAUUAGUUGAAUUAAGAGGCUUUUUAUAUUAUGUAAUUAUUCGGUGUUCCACAGAGCACAGAGAGUACAUGUUGAUGGAAAUAUAUAGACAUAAGGGCUAUGUGUAGAUAAUGAAUAUCUUACCUUUAGUUUUUA